AUGGAGUCGUCUGAGAAUGUUAUUACCAAGCCAAAUCGUACUCGCCUAACGCUUAUUAUGGUUGGCAUUUGUCUGGCAGUCUUCCUCACAGGCAUGGAUCAAGCCAUCUUAGCUACGGCAAUCCCCGUCAUCAGCGUCGAGUUCAACACAUCGCAAGACAUUGGAUGGUGGGCUAAUGCCUAUCUUCUUACUCUGAGCGCCUUUCAACUGUUCUAUGGUAAACUUUACAGUCAUUUUCCCAUCAAAAAUGUUUACCUUGUCGCUAUUGUCAUCUUCGAGAUUGGAUCUCUUAUUUGCACAACAGCACAUUCCUCCAUAACCCUGAUCGUCGGUCGAGCAAUCGCUGGACUGGGUGCUGCUGGGGUUUUUUCGGGAAGUGUGUUGAUUACUACCAAAGUAAUCCCGCUGGCUCAGCGUGCUGCGUACUUGGGUAUCAUGUCCGCUGCAUUUGGAUUGGCAGCUAUUCUUGGACCGUUCCUAGGAGCUGCUAUACUGCAAUCGACUACAUGGAGAUGUUGUUUCGGCAUUAACUUACCGUUAGGAGCAGUAACGGUAAUCUUGUGCGGCAUUCUGGUACAUACACCAUCAGAUCCAAGUGCACAAUCACUCAGUCUCGUGCAAAAGGCACUGCAGCUUGAUAUCCCUGGAACGGUAUUCAUGGUUGGAUCUUUGAUCUGUCUUCUCAUGGCUUUACAAUGGGGUGGCGCUGCCUAUCCUUGGAGUAAUGGUCGGGUUAUCGCUCUUUUUGUCGUAUCCGGUAUCCUCGCUAUCGCUUUUAUAGCUACCCAGACGACCAAGAUUGCCGGAAAGGCUCGCAUGAUUCCAAGCAGCUUAGCGCGUAAUCGUGAUAUAUGGCUGGCCGGAAGUUAUGCUAUGUGUAUAACGGGAGGUGUCUAUGUUGCCAUUUUGUUUCUACCUGUAUGGUUCCAAGAUGUUCGCGGUCGAUCACCUCUUUCUUCGGGUGAACUGUUGAUACCGUUGAUCGCUGGUUACGUUGUGGCUUCAAUCUUAGCCGGAGGCAUCACCAGUGGUUUCAAGUAUUACAAUCCAGCCAUGAUCAUUGGAACUGCACUAUCAAUUGCUGGAGCUGCUUUACUCACUACUAUCAACCUACAUUCUUCUACAGCAAGGAUUGUCGGUUAUCAACUUGUGUAUGGCUUUGGAGUUGCGUUUGGUUUUGGUCAGCCAAGUUAUAUCGUUCAAACACUGUUACCGGAAAAAGAUGUUCCCAUCGGUGUGACAUUUAUAACUCUUGUCCAAAAUCUCAGUGCCUCGGUCUUCGUGGCAGUAGCACAAAGCAUUUUCCAAGGGGAGAUGCACAAACGUCUUGAGCCGCUUUUGCCAAAAUCUCCCAACUCAUCUUCUAUCUUGCUAGCUGCCUUACCCCAAAUCCCGUCAUCGUUGCCACUGGAGACUCAAGAAACAGCAAAGAUCGCCAUUAGUGAUUCCAUAAUCCGGACAUUUUAUGUGUCGCUAGCGUUAAGUUGUGUAUCUGUUAUUGGCGCUUUGGCUAUCAAGUGGGUUCCUAUGCAAGACCCUGCCAAACAAGAUCCUGUUAAACAAGACACACCUUCUCCUGAAGAGAUCACACAGGACCAAAAUGGAAGUGAAAAUGAAAAGCAAGGUGAAACGCAAAGUGAAAAGCAAGAUGUGAACAUCACUGCAGCUUAG